AAGCUAAGUCAUAUCUUUCGAAGUCGUUCGGCCGGCACCAUUUGCCAACGUUGCGAAAUAUAAAAAAAUAAUUUCUCAAACAAACAGCAAUAUUUGAAGCCUCCAACAACUCUCAAAACCAUGGCAAUGUACAGGAUUUUUUUAAGAUCAGCAAACUUUGGUCCGAAGGAGAUUUUAAGCCGACUAACACAACUGCCUAAAAUAGGUCGCGUUCAAUUUCAAACUACAAUUCAAGCAGCGAUGAACGAUACCCCAGUGAACUCGCUUGGCCCUCAACUGCAAGCUUUUAUACGUGAAAAGCAAGAACUCUGCCAGCCAGAAAGAAUACACAUCUGUGAUGGAUCAGAGGAGGAAAAUGACUUCAUGGUGAACCAAAUGAUUGAAGCGAAAAUGAUGAAACGAUUACCUUUAUACGAAAAUUGUUACAUCGUGCGCACAGAUCCCGCGGACGUUGCAAGGGUUGAAUCAAAGACGUUUAUCUGCACAGAGAGGCGGGAGGAUACGAUUCCUACACCAGCUCCAGGCGUCGAAGGGAGAUUGGGAAAAUGGGAGGCACCAGAUAAGAUGAAAAGGAAACUUUUCGAAGAAAAUUUUCCAGGCUGUAUGAAAGGUCGUACUAUGUAUGUUAUUCCAUUCUGUAUGGGUCCCCUUGGGUCACCUUUAUCAAAGAUUGGCAUUCAGUUGACGGAUUCACCAUAUGUAGUAGCAAGCAUGCGAAUCAUGACCAGAAUGGGAGAUAGAGUGAUGAGACGUCUUGAUGAUAACGACUUUGUGAAGUGCCUGCAUUCGGUUGGCCAACCUCUGCCUGCCCCAGAUACAGGCUAUGCAUGGCCAUGUAAUCCUGAGAAGACUGUGAUCACACAUUUUCCAGCAACGAGGGAGAUUGUGUCAUUUGGAAGCGGUUAUGGUGGCAAUUCACUUCUCGGAAAGAAAUGUCUGGCUUUGCGUUUAGGCUCCGUCAUGGCCAAGGAAGAGGGUUGGUUUGCAGAACACAUGUUGAUCAUGGGUUUGACCAAUCCAAAAGGAGAGAAGAAAUAUAUUGCUGCAGCAUUCCCUAGUGCAUGUGGCAAGACAAACUUGGCAAUGUUGAACCCAACCCUACCAGGGGGAUGGAAAGCAGAAUGUGUUGGGGAUGACAUAGCCUGGAUGAAAUUUGAUGAGAAUGGUGUCUUGCGUGCCAUCAACCCAGAAUAUGGAUUCUUUGGUGUUGCACCAGGAACAAACAUGAGUUCAAAUCCCAAUGCAAUGAGAACAGUUACAAAGAACACAGUGUUCACAAAUGUGGCAGAAACAAGUAAUGGUGGCUUCUACUGGGAAGGACUUGAAAAAGAAACUCCAUCUGAUGUAGCCAUAACUGACUGGCUUGGAAAUGAAAACUGGACCAAAGAUUCUGGCAGACCUGCUGCACAUCCCAACUCGCGUUUCUGUGCACCGAUUGGCCAAUGUCCUGUAAUGGAUCCUGCUUGGGAAGAUCCUGCUGGAGUGCCAAUCGAUGCUUUGAUCUUUGGAGGCAGAAGACCACAGGGUAUACCUCUUGUGUACGAGGCUUUCAACUGGCAACAUGGUGUGUUUGUAGCAUCAAGCAUGAGGUCAGAGGCAACUGCUGCAGCAGAACACAAGGGAAAAGUUGUUAUGCAUGAUCCCUUUGCAAUGAGACCAUUCUUUGGCUAUAACUUUGCCAAUUACAUGGAGCAUUGGUUGAGUUUCCAAGAUAAACCCAAUCUGAAUUUACCAAAGAUUUUCCAUGUGAAUUGGUUUAGAAAAGGAAACGAUGGCAAAUUCCUUUGGCCAGGGUUUGGUGAGAAUACUCGUGUCCUUGACUGGAUCUUGAGACGCUGUGACGGCCAAGAGGACAUUGCAGCACCUUCACCUAUUGGCCUUCUUCCCAAAAAUAAUUCGUUGAAUCUCGACGGUCUUGGUGAGAUUAAUAUGAGGGAAUUGAUGAGUGUUCCUAAAGAUUAUUGGUUGAAAGAAGUUGAGGCAAUCAGAAAUUAUUUCCAUGAUCAACUAUCAACAGAUAUACCAAGUGCAAUUGUAGACGAAUUAAACAAUUUGGAAGAGAGAGUUAGGCAAAGUUGAGUAAUUUUUAAAAAAUAUGCAAAUAAUGAUUAAUUCUAUUGUGAGGAUUCAUAGUGAAUUCAUUAGGCAACAGUUAGGGUAAAGAACCUUAGUUAUUAGAAUUAAAAUUACACAGUUGAACUUUGACAGUUCUAUACAUACUUCUUUCAAACUGAUUUAAAAGUAGUCGCUUAUUUUUCCCAAUUUAUUCUUCAGCAAUGAAACUUUUCUCUACAAGUAAUAGUUGUCAAAUUUGGAGGGGUCUUUAGGGUGAUAAUGAGGCUUACUAAAAACAUACUCGCUUUUUAGUUUAAUGCAAACAUAUUUUACAGUCAGGGGUUAGAUGUAUUGAGUGGUUAAAUUGUAGUUAGCUUAAAAACACAUGCUUUUGAUUGAUCAAAAUGAUCUGCCAUGUGUUUUUAAACUAACUUUGAUUUAACCAUUUUAUACAACUGGACCCCGGGAGACAAAUCAUAUGGGCAAUUUAUAUAAUAUAUUUAUAUUUAUAUCUAACUAUAUAAUGUGAUUAGUUGUAAAGGACUAUAUACAUGUAGCAAGCCAAUGAGCAAAAGAAUGAAAAGUUAAAAAAAAAUCGAGUCCAGACUCACAAAUUGUAGUGCCCUAAAUGAUAUUUCUUAGAUAAGUUAGUUAUUUAGCUCUGUGUAUAAUAGAACCUUAUAUAUUUGUUCUCUUUUAAUAAAAACAAAAUUUACAAA